AUGGAUCUAUAUGGAACAGCCAAGGUUCCUGUUGAUAUGAGCAUGUUUGCUUCAAGCCAUUCCAAUAGACCACCUUCAGCAGUUUUAGAUCAUCAGAAUGACAGCUAUAAAUAUAUUAAUGUUCCUAUAAUUGGUCGUGUUAGAUGUAUCAAAGAUAAAAAUGGAAUGAUAUCAUUGUUGUGUGUUUAUUUGUACUGGUUAUAUGGAACAUUUACCACUUUAUUUAUAGUUUUAAUCCCUGCCUAUAAUGAUGGUCUGAUUUCAUCUAUAUUGAUAUACUUUUUUUUAGCCAUUGCCUUUCUUUGUUUAUCAUCAUUAAUUCGUGCCAGCACAAUGAAUCCAGGAACAAUCCCUGCUGAAAGUCAAAUUCAGGCUUUAGUGGAUGAUUCCUGGACAUACUGCAACAUUUGUCAACGAAAAAGACCAUUUAGAGCUCAUCAUUGUAGAAGAUGUAGACAGUGUGUGGCGAAGAUGGAUCAUCAUUGUCCAUGGAUCAACAACUGUGUGGGUGAAGCUAAUCAUUAUGCCUUUGCUUUGUUAUUGUUGUAUGCCUUCAUGUUUGGUUUAUUAUCAUUCAUUCUGUCAAUGUUACAUUUCUGGGUUUUACCACGAUGCAUCUCCUGUGAUAGGGAAGUGUUUUAUAUCAAACAUAGUAUCUGGUUUAUGUAUAUAUUGACAGCAUUAGGUUUAAAUAUGUUCUUAGUCAUGGGACUUCAAUUAUUCGGGACGCAUUUUAAUUUAUUAAUUGAUAGAACAACUUUGCAAAAUCUUCAAGGUACACCAGAAGAUGGUAUAACAAUAAGAAGUACAUUGACAGCCUAUAAAGAAUUAUUUGGUAGAAAUGCUAUUUUAUGUUGGUUGUUACCCUGUAGGAGAAGAAAAUCAAAUAAUUAUGAUCUUCAUCAAAUUUAA